AUGAUAUCGGUAAGAUUCUAUGGAACAAGAGCAUAUCUUAUAGACAAAAGUCUUAUACCAGUAGUUUUGUUCUGGAUUGACCCAGUUGUUGGAUAUAAUUUCAUAACAUAUGGUUCAUUCGAUACUGAACGUUGCAGUGAGGGCUUACUUUACAUCGUUCAGAAACCGAAGGACUUCAAUACAAAGAGAUAUAAGAUAGGAAGAACAUUUAAUAUAACUCAAAGAUAUGACAGUAUAGUCAAUAGAGUUAAGGUUGCGUUUGUUAACGAUAUGAGAGCUGCUGAAACAGAACUACUUGAAAAGUUUGAGAAAUUGUAUGGUGCUCCCACGAAAGGUAAAGAAACGUUUGAAGUAGAUGAGAUAGAUAGUGCUAUAAAAUUAUUUGACGAAGUUGCUGAAAAAAUACAUGUAA